AUACGACCUCCAGAAGAAGUUUAUUGGGAAGCCGAAUUCAGGACAUUUAUUCCACAAUAAAGAAAAAGAAAAUAUUUAGGAAUGUGACGUUUCCAAACCUGUGUUCAGCAACACAGUGGACUUGGCUAUAUAAGCCCUUCACUCUCGAUCUCUCGUGGAAGUUGCAAACAAAAGAGGUUCUUCCCUUCUUUUCUAGGGAAACUUCUUUGUUACCCAUUGAGGGCCGAGAGGUCAACAAGUAGCAGCAGAAAUGGGAGGAGGCAAUGGCCAGAAGUCAAGGAUGGCUCGAGAGAAACACAUGGAGAAGAACAAACCCGCUAAGGGCAGUCAGCUGGAAUCAAACAAGAAAGCCAUGACGAUCCAGUGCAAGGUUUGCAUGCAGACAUUCAUAUGCACCACGUCAGAGGUGAAGUGCAGGGAACAUGCUGAAGCAAAGCACCCAAAAUCUGACGUCUAUGCUUGUUUCCCUCACCUUAAGAAAUGAAUGAAAUAUAUCCAAUAACAAAUAUAGAACUUGCAGAUUGGAUUUGAGGUUUCCAUCUCUUGUAUCUUAUUGUCAAUUAAAUUUGAUGCUUCUGUUAAAA